UAAGCAGUAAACAGGGACCAUGGAGUCCUCUCCGACAUCAAAAAAAGCUCCAGGAAUCAAAACUGGCAUACCAGACCAGGUGCACCCCCGAGCAGAUGCAAUUCGCUCCAAGCUGAUUUAUAUAUUUUACCUGAUUGACCAUUUGAAAGGGCUAAGCCAUGCUGUGCCCCGUCACAACAUACGAGAUUUCCUAGAUCCUCAAAAACAAAAGAAGUUCAUGCUCACAGACCACCACCAGUUGGUCCGGUUUAAUGUGAUGCCUAUCCGGAAUGUUAUGGUUACUCAAGAAAAACGCUGGCGCAACCGUAUUGAGGUGCGAAGCAGCCGCUGGCCCCCUUUUGCAUUAUGGUCUACCUGGCUCUUGAACAGCAAAAUGUUCAAUAGCUUCAUCAUCUUCCUCAUUGUUUUGAAUAUGAUAGUCCUCAUGAUUUCAUCAGAAAUAAUGGAAAAGCUGGAGGACCACUUUGUAAAACUGAAGACAGCAGUGGAGGUGAUUGUCUGGGUCAUUGUGUUCAUCUUUUGGGUAGAGAUUGGUCUUCAUUGGACUGUCAGUUUUCAACAGUACUGGAAAAACCCCUGGAAUGUCUAUGACUUCACUGUCACCCUCAUAUCGUUCAUCCCUGAGUUUAUAUAUGUUUCAGACAAGGUCCAGAGCAAAACAGCUAUAAGAGUCCACCAAGUCUCCCGUGUGCUGCGAUGCUUAAAGCUUUUCCCUAGAGUCCGGCAGGUUAGGGUCCUCAUCAUGGCCAUUGCCAAAGCACUCAAGGCCAUGGCCUUCGUUCUGGUGCUCCUACUCUUCUUCUUCUAUGUCUUUGCUGUAGCGGGCAUUUUCUUCUUUGAGAGUUACAGUCGAUCAGACCGAGAUGACCUUCACUAUGGCAUGUUCUUUUCAGACAUCCCCAAUGCUUUCGUGACUAUCUUCAUUCUCUUCACCAUGGACCACUGGUAUGCAAUAUUGCAAGACCUGUGGAAAGUCCAAGAGGUAAACAAGGUAAUCAGUGGUGUGUUCAUUUGCCUGUGGCUUCUCAUUGGGGCAUUCAUCUUCAGGAAUCUCCUUGUAGCCAGCAUGGUCACUAAUUUCCAGAACAUUCGGAGUAAUCUUACUGAGGAAGUGAAGGCGAUUGAAGCUCAGAAGCAAGCAAAUAAAUUUAAGAUGGAGCUCCUGGAAAUGAGAUACAAUCAGCAACAGGCACAUUUAGAUCAGGUCAGCACAGCACCAGAAAGGCUGAGCACAGAGUCAGCAUCAGUAGUUCCAUCUACAGACUAUCCAGAGUACAGCUCACAUGAAUCUCACACUGGGGCUUUGGACUGGGAAACAUACAUCCAUAAGAAUCUGCCAGGGCUCUAUGAGACUGAAGAGACAGAGAAGGUAGUAUGGCCGCGAGAUUCACUCUUCCGCUACUUUGAGCUGAUGGAAAAGCUGCAGUACAACUUGAACGAGCGUAAACAACUGCAGGAUUAUGCUGUGUUGGCUCUGUCAAACCUGGAGGAUAAAUAAAGAGGAUUCUUGAUGCACAAACAUAUCUUAGAGGAAAUAUCUGCAGAACCAAUACCCAAGAAAGCCAUCCCUUCUACACAGGAUCCUGUCCCACCACAAUC